AAGCUAUUUUAAAUGUUGAAUUUUUCCCGCUUUGCUGUGCGCGAGGGGUUUGGCGCCAUUUUUUCGGAACACAACAGAGCACAGCAAUCUGUGACAGUGUCAACAAAUCGCCAAUUUUAAUUGCAUUCGUCAGAUUUCUUUAUAAAAUUCAGGUACAUUCAGGAAAUGGCAGAAAGAGUGGAGGACCUGAAUCUCCCUAAUGCUGUUGUUUCGAGGCUCAUUAAGGAUUCUCUCCCAGAUGGAGUAAGUGUCAGUAAAGAGGCAAGGCUAGCUCUUGCUAAAGCAGCUUCAAUAUUUGUCCUCUUCCUGACCUCGGCUUCCAACAAUGUGGCGACAAAAAAUAAUAAGAAGACUAUCAGUGCUCAAGACGUACUGCUAGCUCUUCAGGACACUGAUUUUGAAGGAUUUAUAGAACCCCUCCGUGAAUCUUUAGACAAUUUUAAAAAGGCACAGAAAGAAAAGAAAGAUGCCAAUGCGGAAAAGAGAAAAUCCAAAUCCAAAGAAGAAGAAGAGAGAAGAUCAUCCACCAAUGCCCCAGAUGGAGAUAGUGACAGUGCAAGUGCAGUUAUGAUAAGUGAUGAUGAUUAGGUUUCUUGUGACUACCUGUGAUGAUUAAUUAAUUCUAAUAAGUUUCUUUUUCUUCAUAAGACAAGUAAAUAAUACUUCCUUCAUUUUUGCUCUUCAAAAUCUUUGCUCUGUUGGAAAUCUGCUGUGGGUUGGUUUUGACUAACUUCAAAUACCACCUCUUGUCUUGAUCAUGUAUAUUAUGUGAGAAUAAGUGAAAUAAAAAGGACAGAAAUGAUGGAACAGCUUA